CUUCGUUAUAAUAUCUGGCAGUGCUGGUUACUGUUCUUGCUGUCUACGGCGACAAGGGCACAUAGGGUCACACGACUGCCUACCCAGAUUGCUCAGGAUCUCUCCUAUUUUGACACUACCCUAGAAACAUGGACGGCUCCGUAAGAGGCAUGCCACUGAUAGCGGAUGACGCUCCUGCUCAGGGGGAUGACAACGAGUGCCAUCGGUGUGGAAAGGGGUUCGUACCGCUCAUAGUAAGAAGUAGGCGCUGUGCGCAUUGCGGAUAUGCCUAUUGUCAUAGUUGCUCGGAGAAUCAGGCGCUCAAGCAGAGGGUAGAUCAUACGGGAUACGAGCCCGUCAACGUCUGCGCGUAUUGUAUGGAUAACCUAACCCUCACAACUUUCGGCCGGAAUCAGCUCAAACAGCAGUCCAUCGCCAAGCUCAAAGCAUAUCUUGCCGCAUAUGGUAUAGCCAUUCCACCAGGCGUAGCGGAAAAGAGCGACCUCGUCGACCUUGUCCUCUCCGCCCGGACAGACGGGUUCAUGCCCGCUCAAAUGGUGAGGUACUACCGGCGACAUUCCAUUCCUAUUCGACAGGGAGAUAGGAGUGGGCGAAGGCCAUCCGCGACCUCAACGCAGGGGUCAGGGACUGGGGGAGGAUUCAGCUUUUCUGACACGCUGGAAGGGUUGGGAGAUACGAUUGGGGGUUUGUUCACCGGUGAGGGUGGGCAGGGAGAUAGACGUCCACGCCCGCCACCGCAGCAACAACAGCAACGUCGCCCUCCUCCCCCUUCCCCUCCUAGGCAGCAACAGCAGAGACCAAGCCCUCGACCGCCUCCGCAACAACAACAGCAGCGCUAUGCUCCCCCGCCUGGACCGCCUCCUCCCCGCCAGACACGACCACCUCCGCGCCCACCCAGCCAGCCCCCACCCUUGGCGCCGACCAGCACACCCGCGCCCGUCCGUCCUCCAACCCCGACAAUGGACGAGCUCGUUUCCCUCCCUGCUGAAUCGCUCGGAUCACUCUCUAUCUCCGCACUCAAGGGCGUCUUGGAGCACAAUCACGUAAACACCCACCUACUGGUAGAGAAAGCCGACCUGGUGCUGAAAGUGCGCACCCUGGUCGAGCAGGAAAAACGGGAACGGGCGCGCAUAAUGAGAGUCCACGAGCUGGAAGAAGAACAAGAAAGACUCAGGGAGAGCGAGAUGGAGGAGAUCAGGCGAGCGGAAGCAGCGAGCAGGGAAACGCAUGAGCAGGAACGAAGAGCGACAGCCGAGGCGACGCGCACGGUCACCGAGGGCCAUCCGGGGGUCAUCAUCGAAGUCGAGUCCCCUGACAGCCCGACGUCGACCCCAAACCAGGAAAGCCAGCCAGCACGUAGCACGGACCAUCUAGCAGCAAGCCUCACCCCGGAGGAAGCGGCUUCUAUCCCUCUCCCACAAUCUCCGCUGGUCACGCCGUCCUUGUCCCCAACGCCUGUCCCCCCGAAGGCUGACCCCCUCCCCACCACGGCGUCGGACGCAGGGACUCGACACAAGAAGAGCCAGUCCGGGAACGUAGACUACGAUCUGAGCCUUAUUGGUAGAUGCGUGGUGUGUCAGGACGAGGAAGCGAAUAUCGCCCUUGUUGACUGUGGUCAUCUCGCGCUCUGCAUGCCUUGUUCUGAUCUCAUCAUGAAAUCCACCCGAGAAUGUCCCCUCUGCAGAACGAGGAUCGUUACUGAGCAGCGGCUGUUACGCAUAUAUCGAACCUGAAGUCCCAUCAUCUCUUUCCCUCACUCGCGCAAUCGACAAAACCGUUCCUGGGUUUCCGUCAAUGUUGUAUUUGUACACUAUAUGCGCUCAAAUUGUAGAGAGAGAAA